UGCCUCGCUGAGUAUGCCCAUCACAUACUGUUGUUCUUGCAGAAAAGUUGAGAUUGCACUGGAGAGAAUUGAAAGGAAACUUGAGUUGUUGGAAUUCAUGUGAACAUGUUGAAGAGAAAGAAGCCUCAUAGGAAGCGUAGCAAAGCAGAUGCAAGUGAUCCAGUUGCCUACAAACAGCGCAGUAUUGUUGGAAGUAAAGUGCAACAUGGAUGGAGGGAGAAGACGGGAGUGGUUACCCAGUGGAAGGGGACAGUGUUGGACCAGCUGCCAGUUAACCCUUCACUCUUCUUGGUGAAAUACGACGAUUUCGACUGUGUGUAUGGGAUCGAACUUUUCAAAGAUGAGAGGGUCUCAGGACUUGAAAUACUGCCUGACAAAAGUGGUCGAACAAAAAUAAUGGAUGGUGAUUUGGCGGAGUUAAUAGUUGGCAAAGCGGUGGAACACAUGUUCGAAAAGGAUGACGGAUCUAAGAAUGAAUGGCGAGGGAUGGUGUUGGCACGUGCACCUGUCAUGACCACUUGGUAUUAUAUCACCUAUGAAAAGGACCCUGUUCUGUAUAUGUACCAACUACUUGAAGAUUACAAAGAGGGAGAUCUCCGCAUCCUGCCAGAUUCAGAGAACAAGCAAGUUCUGCCGACUGAGCCUGGCGAAGUGAUCGAAAGUCUUGUGGGAAAGCAAGUGGAGUAUGUGACCGAAGAUGGCACAAAGAGAACGGGGUUGGUGAUUCACCAAGUGCAAGCCAAACCAUCAGUCUAUUUCAUCAAGUUUGAUGACGAUUUUCACAUUUAUGUGUAUGACUUGGUCAAAACCUCCUAGCUGCAUGCAACGCUUGUCAUUGCCUUCACUAAGAGAUUUUACUGUGAACUGUGAGCUGAUCACUGAAGAGACUUGUGUUCUUUAUGUUAGCCCUCCAUGUAUUCAUUUACGAGACUUUGAAAGGUGAAGUAUACACAUCCAUCUUUUUGACAUUUCCCCAGCAGUUGGCUCAGCAUGGUGUUUUGUUACACCAACCAUUGUGAUCAUCCCAGCUUUCGUGGGUUGUAACAUUGUCUGCAAGGCCAAAGGAGAGGUCCUUCGCUGCUGAGUUUGGUGGUCCCAGCACUGUUGGACUCCUGAACUUACAAGGAUAAGUUUUUCCUUUUGUUUCCACUGUGAUCUUUUUGAUGGGAACAGCUUGUGCUAAGGAUUAAAUGUGACUGUGGUCACCGUGGGCUACACUAGACUUCCCUAUAACUGGCUAUGGCUAGUCUCCUUCCUCUUGAGUGGAGGGUGUAAUUGGGACACAGAGAAUACAUUGACCAAAUUAGGCUGUAGAAUCCUGUUAUAAAAGUGGGUCAAAUAGAUCCUAAAUGGUUUGAAAGAUUUUAUGUUUGUCUUCAAAAUGUGUGAUUUAUCCUAGAUAGGACACAUUUUCUAAUUUUUGUCAGAAGAGCAGAUCAGAAGAAACAAGAAUUGAACUUGGUUAUGCUGAAGGGUGAAAAUAUUUUGGGUAGGGAAUUACAUAAAGCUAUGUUUAUGGCUUUUGUUUCACUAUUUCUGAUUGGCUGUGAUGUCUGGUGUCAUGCAUGCUGAUCAGCUACCUUGUAGAGUUUCCUGUGUUAAGCAUCCAUAUGUUAUAAUGCACUAUUUCCAUGUCUCGCAUAGCUCUCGUGUUGAAGUGUGUGUGUGUGAGAGGGAGAAUUGUUCUGUCAUAUCUACCAUGCUCAGGCUAACAGAAAGAAUAUUGUCUCUUGGUUGUGCAACUUUUGCAAGACUCAUUGGAUAUCGGAUUUGUCUUUAUUUUGUGUCCUUGGCUUUGUUUAAAAAGGUAAAUAUAAGUAGCAUUUUGGAGAUAAUGGCCUUACUCCUUUUGAAGCAAAACUCUUCCAACUUUCAGUCCCAACUGUGUGCUUCUGUGUGGGAGGUGUGCUUUCCCAUGUUCCGUUACUUCUGUUUUGAUUAUAACUAAUAAUUUAGAAAGAGGGCUAGAAGGUUUCUCAUGGUGCCACCUCCCUUCCACUGUACUCUCCCUCCCCUUUUUAAAACAAAUGCCUUUGUCCAUCAGCCAGAACUCUGUGCAACUCGUCGAACACGCUUAACUACUGGCACUGCACCCAAACAGAAACAAUCCUAUCUGCUCCCUCCCCCCCCCCCCCCAAAGAAUCAGUAAAGUAGGAGGGGGCUGAUGAUGUGGAAAUGAAGUUAAAAUUUUUACUUGUUCCAGUGUGAAAGAUUACUGCACUUGGUGAACUUUCCUUUGUUCUGUCUCUGAACUAGAUGGGGGAAUUCUGACAAUUGGCAGGGUUAACACAGCAAAGCACUUAAGCUGCUUCUGUAGGAGUGUUUCAGAAGCAGAGUUACUUGUUGGGCAUUGCCUCUCCCUCGUCGUCAGAGCACAGUAGCUGAACAACUAAGAUCACUCACAGUGACUUUGGGGUUUCCUGCCUCCAUGCACUGAAUCAGGGAAGUCACUGCCGGUUAAGUGAGGGAAUGUCAGUGAAGGAUGACAGCCUCAUUGGCAUGGGCAGAGCCUCCAUUAUGUCAUGAGAAUUAUUUUUAAUUCUCUUUUUGCUUUCAGUCUCUACUUCAUAAAGUAUGUCAGAGUUACAGUCCCUAUGCCUUUAUCAACGUGUACUCAAUGCUAGAUGUUCGGAGAGACAGGAAAUCUUUACGUUCCUGCCAGUAAACGUUACAUAUUGAUUUUUGCUGCUGCUAUCUGAGACCAUUAGACAUAGGAGCAGAAUUAAGCCAUUCAGCCCUUUGAGUUGGUUCUGUGAUUUAGGGAGAAUGUUUCACAUAACUGAGCAGCAAGGUAUCAGCUCAGGUUGACAGGAUGGGAAGGAAAUGCGGUGCUCUUUGAUGUCUGUGAAUUUGGAGUAAGUAGCAUAACCAUGGAUGAAGCCAUUUCCAACCUAGAUAGCCAUUGAGUGAAAAGAGCAGAGGUUCAGACUUGUAUGUAGAAAAGACAUCCUAAAUUCUGUAAGAUCCCAAUGGCCCAAAUAAUUUUGCUCAUAGAGCUCCUGUUUAUUAUUUUUUUUUAAGUAGUGAUGCCAGCCUUAAAGUAUCAUCAUAGAUGGAAGCCUUUGAAUGGUCUCAGUGCUCAAGUAAAGAGAGGACUCUGAACCUGUUCUCAUCAUCAUGAUGGGAACUCCAUCUUGGAAGGUUGUCAGAGGAGUCAGUUUUGCUGUCAGAUCAUUGUUCCCUCCCAAAUUAAUUACCAUAUCCCUUCCAUUUUACUGCACGGUCAGUUUUUAUUUAGCACUUAAUGAUGCUACUAAUUAUAUAGUAUGAGCAGUGAGUAUGGGCUUUGACAAUGCUGAACAUGGUUUCCUAAACUAGGCUUUAAGCUUGGUAGACUUGUACAAAGUUGAGAGUAAAUUUAUUAUCUUAAGUACAUAUAUGUCACUGACCCUGACAUUCAUCUUCUUGCAGGCAGUCAUAUUAAAUACAAGAAUCAUAGUAGAAUCAAUGAAAGGCCACAUCUACAGGGUGGACAAAAAAAUUGCAAAAUAAAACCCAUAGCAAAUUGUGCACAUAUAAAAAGAAAAUGAAUGAAUGAAUGAAUAAGCAAUAGAUUUUUAAAAUUAUGAAAUGAAGUGUCCUUGAAAGUGAGUCCAUAGGUUAUAGGAACAGUCAGUGAUGGGGUGAAUGAAGUUAACCCCCUGGCUCAAGAGAUGAUGUUUGAGGGUUAAUAAUAGUUCCUAAAACCUGGUGGUGUUGGGUCCUCAGGCUCUUGUCCCUUCUCCCUUAUGGUAACAAAAGGAAGAGAGCAUGGCCUGUUUGUGGGGUCCCUGAUGAUGGAUGCUGCUUUCCUGCAAAGGUGCUCAGUGGAGGGGAAGGCUUUACCUAUGGACUCAGCUUUAUCCACUACAUAUUGUAGGCUUCUCCAUACAAGGGCAUUGGUGUUUUCAUACCAGGCUGUGAUGCAACCAGUCAAUGUAAUCUCCAUCACGCAUCUAUAGAAGUUUGUCAAAGCUUUAGAUGUCAUGCCAAAUCUUCGUAAAUUCCUAAGGAAGUAGAGGCACUUUCUUCAUAAUGGCACUUAAAUGUUGGACCCAGGACAGAUCUUCUGAAAUGAUAACACUGAGGAAUUUAAAGUCGCUGAUCCUCUCAGCCACUGAUCCCCCAAUGAGGACUGAUAGAUGGACCUCUGGUUUUCUCCUCCUGCAGUCAAUAAUCAUCUCCUUGGUCUUACUGAUAUUGAGUAAGAGGUUGUUGCUGUGCACCACUCAGCCAGAUUUUCAGUCUCUCUCCUAUAUGCUAAUUUGUCACCACCUUUGAUUUGGCCAACAACAGUGAUAUCAUGAAGCUGUGCUUAGCCUCACAGUCAGAAAUAUAACUGUGAGUGGGGGCUAAGAACACAGACUUGUGUUGCACCUGUGCUGAGGGAAGAUUGUGGAGGAGGUGUUGCUGCCAAUCUGAACUGACUGGGGUCUGCAAGUGAGGAAAUUGAGGAUCCUGUUGCAUACACAGGUGUUGAGGCCUAAGUCUCGAAGCUUAUUGAUCAGUUUUGAGGGGAUUUGUAGUACUGCCAAGCUGUAGUCAAUGAAAAGUAUCCUGAUGAAUGCAGUUGAUGUUGCGGUGUAUGCUACUAGCACAGAAGCGAAAAUGCUUUCAAGGUAUAUGUAUAUAAUUAUAAAAUAUGCAAUACAUACAAAAGAAAUAUUAUUCAUUAUUGAUUUAUGUAUAUAAACUUCUUUUUCUUCCCCUUGCUAUUUGGGCUGGGGAGGUGGUGUUAUGUUAUGGUGCUGUCUUUAUCACUCCAGAAAUGAUUGCUUCCCAGAUUAAUAAUUUUUUAAAAACUCUUUGCAUGCUUUUUAACCAGAGUAUAACUAAUUCUACACUACUCAGUCUUAAUUAUUUCUGCUAUUUAAAAAAGGGCCUAAAUUUACAAUAAUUGGAUUUUAGUUAAAAGUGUCCUAGCAAGAAUGGUUAGUUCUGUUCAUAUUGCUUGCUUUCUAGCCAGAGUUUGCUUAGUUCUAUUACAUUGAACUCUGAAAAAGACAGCAUGUCUAUGGACUGCUCAAACCAAGAUUUUGCUAAGUUUCUCAUGGCUGUAGAGUGCAAUGAAAAAUCUCCAGUAUCAAAUAGUGUUUUGCACUAUAUUUUCAAAUGUGUUCCACAGUCAACUGUGAGCAAAAGGACAAGUGAUUUGAUUAAACAUCCUCCCCAUUUCUCACAAUAUACUCUAUGUCCUUGUAUCUGAGUUAGUAAGUCUGCUAGAGCAGGCUAGAAGGCAGCCACCACAUUUAUCCGUCAAGCAGAGCAUAAAAGAAAAAAAAUCCCUUAUAAAUCUUAUAAAUCAGACUUUUUGCUGCAACUUAUGUAGCCCUAACUAUGGGUUCAGUAGUGUAACGUCUGCAAUUGUAGACCUAUCUGUUGAUGGAGUCCCAUUGCAACAGCUAGCCAGAUAUCUACGUAAAUAAUUCUGAGAAAAAAGUGUUGACAAUGCUUCCAAUGAAACUACAGAAAUUUGUAAAAACUCUGUCUGGUGUAUUAGUGACCAUCUUUACAUGCACUGGGCUGUAUUUCGGUCCAGGCUCACAACAAUAUAGUUGACUCAAGGCUAAAUUCUGUAAUGUUUAGCAGGGCACUUGGUCCAGGGGCAUUAAAUGCUUGUUUCGCUAGUGUGGCCCACAUCUCAUGAGGGAUUAAAUUAAAUAUAUAAAAUUGGGAAAUGCAUGUUGUGUAUUCGUCUAGGAAUUGUUUCUAUCAGCACAUAAAAAUCUAAAGGUGAAAUAUUUUUGUUACCCUCUUGGGAUAUAAACAUCAUUAGCAAGGCAUAAUUUAUUGGCCAUUUCCAACUGGCUUGAGCAGGUGAUGUUGAGCUGUCGCUUCAGCCUGCUGUAGUCCGUAUAGUGAGGGCACUUUCACAGCGCUGUUUGGUUGGGGAAUUUUGAUCCAUUGGUGAUGAAGGAGUAGAAUGUGACUUGGACUGGACGAUCUUCCCUGUGCUAGACAGUAGGUUUUUGAUGAGACAGUGUGUGACUAUAAUUCCCACUUCCUGAAGUGGUGAUUGUGGAGAGGGAGGGAUUGAAAUACUUUUAAUGGAUUAAAAACAAUAUUCUAGAAUAGGUCAGGCUCUUUAGACACCAAGAAAUGAAAAGAUAGGUUAAGAAUGGAGGCGUCUUUCACAUGGACAAAGGUCAAACUUCAAAAUAAAUUUAUUACCCACCUAAGUAUAUGUCACCACAUACUAGACUGAGAUUCAUUUCCUUGUGGAAAUUCAUAGUAGCACAUAUUUAAUGUAAUAGACUCAAUGAAAAGCUAUACACAAAUGAAGACUGACAGCCAAGGUGUAAAAGAAGAUAAAAUGCAACUAGAAAAAAAAACAAGCCAAUACAAGAUGCUUCCCUUUAAAGGGCAACACUUAACUUCUGACCAUGUUCUGCUGUGCAUUUCGUUCUUUGUUUAAAAGCCACUGUGAUAUAAAGAGAAAAACUCCAGGAUAAUUAAAGCUCACGGCAAACUGCUAACCAGUGUGACUGCUUUCACUGUCCACUUUGUGUACCAAUUACUCUGAGCAAAACAUGGUUUACCUUAGCACAUCCUAGUGGAUAGAUGGUUGGUUGCAGGAGAUCUUUGCUUCAGGGACCUGGUGGCAUAUGCUCACAAAAAUACCUUAGCUAUUGUUUUAUAGGUACCCCCAUGACACCUGUCCUGAAAUCAGAAGGUCAGAUAUUGGUAUUAUUAAAUUGCACAGUAAUGAAGAUCACAUUUGUGACAUGGUUCCUUACUUCCAUUUCAGAAAUUUCAUGUAAUUUGAGCAGUAUUAGAACUAUCAGGGUAAACAGCCGAGGAAGGUGGAGAUGCAUCUUGCUGAGACUGUACAACAGGAAUUUGAUAUAUUCGCAAAAGGAGCAUGCUUUGCAGUGUGUUUGUGGUUACACAAGGUGUUUUAGAAUAAUGUAGCAUAGUUACUGGAUUUAGUAUUCCAGAGACAUGGAAUAGUGAUCCAAGUUCAUCAAUCCCACUACAAUUGCUGGGGAUAUUAAAAACAUUAUAUUAAAUAAAUUUGUAUUUAAAAAUUAUGAGUGAGUGGAACUCCAAAGUUAUUGUUUACUAACUACUUUUUAGAAAAAGAUAUCUGUCCACUGACUUUAUCUAACCCGGCCUUCAAUGAAACCUACACCAGAAAGUGCUCUCUGAAAUGGCCUUGUUAAAACACUCAGUUUAGGAGCAACUUGCAUUGGGGAAGAAAUGCUGGAUGUUGUUAUGUUAGCAUCCUGUGAAAUGUUUUAAAAUUAUACAAUUACAUCUAUUUGUUGUAUCUUUUUCACCCUGAAUGAAAGCAGCUACCUUUAAUAACUUGCAUUUAUUGAAGCCUUUAGCAUAGUAACAUGGCCCAAGGUUUUUCACAAGUAUGUUACCAAAUGAAGUUUGAUGCCAAGAAAGAGAAUGGGGCAGCUAAUAAAGCUUGGUUGUAGAACUAGAUCUUGGGCAGUGUCUUCAAGGAGGAAAGGUUGGUGGAGAGGUUUUAAGUGGAACUCCAAAAGUUGGGGUCCAAGCAAUGGGGAAAUAAAGGAAAUUAUCAGUGCCUCUGAAGUAUUGAGUUGAAGGUACAUUGGCUGUUGAAGGUUAUUCUAGAGUCCUUUGUCAUUGUCAGGUAUCCAUUAUAGCUCUUCUUCUGACUGAUCAAUCAAGCAUGAUAGCUUUAAAUAACUAUCGAAUCAAUGGACUUCCUUGUAUCUAAUUCUGUUGCUCAAAUCUGCCUAGUUCUUCUGCUCCCUAACUUCACUGAAGAAAUGGAAUAAAACAAGUUGCCAUCUUUCAGAUGACAAGUGAAAUUAUGUUACCUGUACUGCCAAAUUAAUGUGUUGCACUGCAAGGUCAUAAGCUCAGAGCUCAAGUCCUGGGACAAUGAAAUUUUAUUUUUAAAAAAGGACUGCAAGGUUUCUUUUUUUUUUCUCCAGGGUUCUGCAAUAAAUUGUUCUUGACUUUCUGCUCAGAUCGAUCAGGCCAGUUGGAAAAUUCAACCAGGCAGUUCCUAUUAUUUAGCAUCCUUACAAUGUGGAAACAGCCUCCCUGUCGGUGAUGCAUAGAGUGUUAUUCUUUGUGUAGUGCCCCCUUUGAAACUGUAGGUCUAAUUGGACAAUGUUUCUGUGGAGCUGCUGUUACCAACACUUCUAGGACAACCUGAGAGGUAAGUGAGAACUUAAAUCCUCCUAGUGGUAAUCCCAACAAAUAUUACUAACCUUGCAAUUAUAACCCAACUCCAAGAUUCAGUUUCUUACACAAAAGCAUCACCUUCCUCCACAAAACAUGAUCUCGAUCUUCCUCCCCUUGAUGCUCACCUGCACCACCUCAUACCCUACAUCUCCAUUGUACCCAGCAAACCACCCAAGCACUAGGAUCUCAUGACCUUCAUUCUGUAAUCAUUACCAGCCAAGGGCCUGAUGCUAAACUCACAAGUUCACCCUUGGAGGAGUGCAGUGGACAGCACAUACCAGUUUAUUAAGACCAAAGCCUUGGUCAUGGGAACAUUGUCAACUGGUGAGGUGGUAAUAUUCAUUGUCUUGCCACAUCCACACUUCUGCAGCCUGUUGUCAAUGGGUUCCACAAGUCUGGGGAACUGUAGAUCAAUCUAUCACCCUGGGUGAGGAUGAGAUAAAAGUGUGUUCAACCAGAAAAUAUAUAUGAUUUUUCUAGAUAGAGAAUGCAGUUAGAUGAACUACUGCUCAUCUGCUAAACAGAUUGGAGCACUGAAUGAGAAGGGAUAUUUGCACAAUAAAUGCAUAAACAUAGGACAAAAAUUCCACUGGCUUCUCUAAAAUGAGUGGGUGUUGGAAUGAUUUGUUUGUUAGUGGUGUUUGAAGGCUGUUAAGUCUGCGGUGAUGAAGGUGUUGAUCGCAAAAGACCACAUAUGCCAAGUUGCUAAUCUCACUUUAUCGGGGAAAAUGGCAGAAUUUUGUUGCAUCGGAAUUCUUGUAUCAUCAUGAUUGAGUUUCCUGGUAAGAUAUGAAAAUCUGUGUGGCUGUGGCUGGUGGGACAUUAUUAGACAUUAAGAAAACUAAGUAGAUAGCCAAGGUUUUAAAAGUUUGAUUAUUUUUUAGCUGCAAUUUUGGCUAUAACCAAUUUUGAAGCAGAUGAUUUGGAUUUCACCCAAGAUUUAAUUUAGUAAGACAUUGAAAGGGUUUUUGCUACUGUGCUUGGUAUUGGGAUUUUCAGUGUGGAACAGAUAGUAAUGUUCUUCGGCUUCCCCUCAAGAAUCUUUGCCUUUGCUUUGAAUCAAUUUCAACCCCAUCUCCAAUCCCUUCCCCACCCCAACCCAGUCCCACUGUAGCAAAAUAAGGUGUUAAUUGUUUUCCAGCAUUUCUAAGAAAGAUGUAAAGAAAACGUAGAAGCCUAUUUCACUGCUGCCUUUCAGACCAUAGACUAACUGCAAUCAUGGUGAGCAUUAAUCAUGGUCAGUUCAGUCAAUUUGCCAUGUCAACUAAACCGUAUAUUCUAGUUAUAAGUCCUGAGCUGUCGCCAUUCCCCUUCAUUGUGAUGGGGUGAAGGAACACAGGCCUUGAAUCUAACCACUCUCCAAUUGUGCCAUUCCAUUUUAAAAGGAAUAGGCCAUAAAAUAGCUUAAAAGGCACGUGUCUGGGAACAAGUUGCAGUGAGUGAGAGCUGAUGAGGUCUUGCUGAUUGUAAAGGCAGAUUGCUGAAGAAAUUGUAAAUGUUAUAGGUUUAUUAUGCUAAAUAUUAUUUGCAUUGUGUAUGUUCUCCCUGUUAAGGAUGUUCUCCUUGUCUUCGGUGCUGUAGAAGGCUUGGGCUCCUGGAGUUAGUUGAAUCUGAUUGGACCUUCCACCAAACUACUGAUCCAUUGAUUUUGUUUUAAAAUAUCUGUCAAAAUUCCUCCUCAACUUUUAUUAAUGUAUAUAUCUGGAUGGUCUUUGGGUGUGUGAAGUAUAUUGAAACAUUGCAAUUUUCAUUGAUUUGAAGUAAUGUUUUGAUAUCUAUCAUUUUUCGUAAGAAUUUCCCAGUUGGACAGGUUUGUAGAAUACCAACUCCAAAAUAUUAUUGUCAAUUCACAUGUAGUAAUCCUAAUUUAUUCAUGAAUUGGAGAUACUUACCCAAGCCCUUUGAAAUUUCUUCCACAGAAUUUACUAUUGAAGUUAAAUGUUAAAAUUAUUAAAAUAGAUUUCUAACAUUGCUCGGUCUGAAAAAUUCAUUUGUCACAAAUACUUUGGGCCACUAUUUAAUAUUGAAUCGGGAUAAAUAAUCAGGAUCUGUUUCCACAAAGAAACGGGCUCCAAUAAAAACAUAAAAAGCAGAAGUAGGACAUUUGGCCUUCCUCCCUGUUCCACAGUUCCUUAAGAUUAUUAAUUGAUUUUUUAAUGCUGUACCACUUUCCUGCAUUAAUUCCACAUCCUUUGGUUCCCUUCAUGUCCACAAAUCCUCUGUCUUGAUUAAACUUCACAACCAAGCCUCCACAGCAAUCUUCAUUAGAGAAUUUUGAGAAUUCACCACCCUCUAGACCAGGGGUUCGCAAGCUAGACCCCAGGUUCUCAACCCUGCUCUGGAUGAAGAUCUUUCUUCUUUUCUCUGAUUGGUCAACACCUUGUUUCGAAGGUGGCCCCUGUUUCUAGACAUCAAAGCCAGAAAAAAAUGUUGGGUCCUGGUAAGGGCCAUUAAGAAUUUUGCACAUUCCAAAGAGAUUACUUCUCAUUCUUCUAAACAUGUACAGGCCUAUCCUGUUUAAUCGCUCCUCCUGUAAUGGCACUACAGUUAGCCCCAAGGGAUCUGUGUCAUUGCUAUACUAUGAAUAACACCAUAAAGGAUGCACUGGUGCCUAGAAUGGAAGGUGGUAUCCAUUGCAGUGCAGAGCAUGUAGGUGCAGGUUCAGUCUCAGUGUGGUGGUUAUUCAGAUGGUGGGUUUGUACACAGUUCACCAGAUGGAGUGGAGGAGCACUAAUCCUGUUCACUAUCCACUGACACCUUUAGGUGUGAUUGGAUAUUCAGUGAGCUCAGCAUUAGGCUCAGAAGUUGAGCAUCUUGCCAAGCAAAAUUGUGACUGUUAUGACUUGAAUGCCAAUAGAAUUGCAUCUGUUUUUAGGGCAGGGAGGGGGUGGAAUGGUGUCCACAGAAAAAUAUAAAAAGGAUUGAGAGGAUGAGAGUGGUUCAAGCCUUCAACUACCUCAGAACAGGAGAACAUUCCUCCUUUCUCUCUGCCCAUGGUAUGGCUACUGUGGCAGGAAACCUGGUCUGUAAAUACUUGCUACAUUUAACAUUUAAAUAUUCAGUGUUAGAACUGAUUUUCUUUUUCUCAGCUGGAAGAAUCUCAAUAGCUUUUAGAGUAACUACAUCAGAACCUGCACUAAUAGCCACCUCAGUGUGGCAGUGUUUUAAAACAGUUUAAAAAAAUUGCUGCAUUUUAAAUAAAAAUAAUAAAUGUCUUGUUGAGUUUUUUUUUUCCAGUUGUGAUGUCCUGCAGUCAUUUCCAUGGAGAAACAAAAAAAAAAUAAAAACCCAAAUUAUUGAG